ACGGCUAUUUUAAUUUGCAAUUGACACUCGAAUGUGAGCUCGAGGACACGAUCACCUGUUGCAUGCACACACGUGCUCGCUCAGGGGACGCGCUAACCUUUCAAGGCACCUUUCAAGUGUCCAUCUUGUAUGUGCCGGCCGUAAUUGACACCGCAAUUUGGUUGUUCACAGCCCGAGGAGGCGUCUUGAGGAAAGCUACAAAUACAUUAAGUUGUUUAAUGGCUCCUCAAAUGCUUGCUGCCUCACUAAAUAACUUUGUCAAAAGGUCAGAUUUCUUCAAAAAGCAAGUAUGUGAUAAAUGCACUUAUUUAUUUUUAUUUUGAAAGGACAGAGCAACGAUGCUGAUGAUUGUCAUUGAUAAUAUCCAUGGUUGGUUUUGGACACAAUUAGGGUAUGGCAGACACGCAACAUCAUGUUUGACCCGAGGGCCUUCUCGGACACAAUUGAAUUGCGCUCAACAAAUAAUAGCAUUAGUCUGCAACAAAACAGACAAAUCGCUAAGGGAGGAGUCUCUUAAAAAGCACAGAUAGGGUGCGAGCGCACAAAACGACGCGAGGAAUGGUACUCGCAACAAGUUGGAGACGCUGUUGAGCUUCCGUGACCCGCGAGGACAUUUUUUUCAACUUUAGAAUAAACUUGACAAAAAUAAACUCACACGUGUCUUGGCCAUGAGGAUCCUGAGCAGAGAAUUCCGCCUCCAGGACGUCACCGUCAUGUACUUGACCGCCCUGGCCGCCCUCAUGGUCAUCCUGGUGGCCUCCUACCAGGCUCCGUCCCACAUUACAGUGGUGGAGCUGGCCCCCCCUGACUCAAAGUCCUCCGAUGUUACGCCGCCCGCGCUGCCGCUGCCCUUCCGGGUGCUGCUGGACCCACUCGGGAGGCUACAGCUUGCUUGGAACGUCAGCUACGCCCGCCAGGAGGUCUACAUGGAGCUGAAGGUGGCCGAGCUGAAGCACGGCGUGGUGCUGGGUAUGUCCGACCGAGGGGAGCUGACCGACGCUGAUCUGGUGCUGCUUUGGGACUCUGGAAGCAAAAGUUACUUCGGGGACGCUUGGAGCGACAGCGAAGGCAAAGUGACGCUGGACAGCCAACAGAACUAUGAGCUGAUUGAAGCCAAAUGGAAGUCCGGAGGCUUCUACUUGCUCUUCAAGAGACCCUUUAGCACAUGUGACCCCAGAGACUACCUCAUUGAGGAGGGAACAGUGCACAUCAUUUAUGGCCUCUUGGAUCAACCGCUUGCUUCACCGGAGCAGCUCAACCUCUCCCGCAUCCACACGGGUCUUCAGCGCAUCCUGAUGCUGCGCCCCGACACGCCGGCCCCCGCGCUACCUCCCGACGUGCAGACGCUGGACGUGGUGGCGCCCCACGUCGUCAUCCCCACUCAAGAGACCACCUACUGGUGCUCCAUCCACAAGCUGCCCGAAAACAUGGCCGAGAAUCACAUUGUCAUGUACGAGUCGGUGAUCACACCAGGAAAUGAGGCCAUCGUGCAUCACAUCGAGGUGUUUGAAUGCUCCCCGGACGACGGUGACGUUCCCCAGUACAGCGGCUCUUGCGACAAUAAGAUGGUGCCGGCGAAUCUCAACUUCUGCCGCCACGUUCUGGCCGCCUGGGCCAUGGGUGCAGAGGCGUUUUACUACCCUCCUGAUGCAGGCCUCCCUAUUGGUGGGCCAGGUUCCUCAAGGUUCCUUCGCCUGGAAGUCCAUUACCACAACCCUCUCCUUAUAUCUGGCAGACGUGACUCAUCGGGGAUACGGUUGCAUUACACGCCCAGUCUGAGGCGCUACGACGCCGGGAUCAUGGAGCUGGGCCUGGUCUACACGCCCAUCAUGGCCGUCCCGCCUAAGCAACACAGCUUCUACCUCACCGGCUACUGCACCUCCAGGUGUACACGCACUGCUUUGCCUCGGGGCGGCAUCUUCAUCUUCGCGUCCCAGCUGCACACGCACUUGGCGGGCCGCGGGGUGCGCACUGUCUUGGUGAGGGGGGGCCAAGAGGUGGAGGUGGUGCAGGAGGACCAACACUUCAGCACACACUACCAGACAAUCCGAGUUCUGAGGAAGAUGACCAACGUUUUGCCGGGAGAUGUCCUUAUCACAAAGUGUACUUAUAACACAGAAGAUAGGGACAAGCCCACCGUGGGUGGUUUCGGCAUCAUGGAGGAAAUGUGCGUCAACUACGUCCACUACUACCCUCGCACUCAGCUGGAGCUGUGCAAGAGCCACGUGGACCUGGAUCACCUGCAAAAAUAUUUCAGCUUCAUUAACAGAUUCCAGGGAAAGGAGCAGUGUGUUUGUGGCGACGAGGGUGUGACAGAGCAGUACUCCAGACUCCAGUGGGACGGCUUCGCCACGCAAGUCCUGGACUCUCUUUACAACACGGCGCCCAUCUCCAUGCACUGCAACCAAUCCACUGCACGCCUCUUUCCUGGAGAGUGGGAGAAACAGACUCUACCCAUGGUAACCUCACCACUCAAAAAGCCCCCUUACCCUUGUGAGGUCAGAGUGCGUCCCACCAGUCGCCCGGAUGGAACUCCAGUCUGAGCCAAACCAAGAAGGGGGCUUGACGACACGUUCAGCCUAAGGAGGAGGGCCCCAGAAAGUGACAUUGUCUGGGUUCCGCAGGUUCAUCGUCAACUUCUUAUUUUAAUUGUACGCUUAGAAUUAAAGACAUACUUUUGUGGAUCAGAGUGUUGUUUUGAUGCCGGGGGGGAGGGGUGGGGGAGUACUGCUCAAAUAAAAAUCAUGAAUAUUUUGUUUUUUUAAUAGAAAUAUUUACUGCAGUCACGUGUCUUGCUCCAUUUUUUUUCCCUUUUAUAUGAAGACAAAUAAUUGUGUUUUACAUAGCAUGUGAAAAGCAUGGAUAUAUUUCAUGUCAUAAAGCAUUUGAGAGUAACCUU